ACAAUUUACAUAAAGUAAUAAUAAUGCAUCAUAUACAAACUAUUCAAUUUUUUUAUUAAGUGAUAUAAUUUUGCCUAGUCACUACGUGUAUAAUUAAUAUUUUUGUUGUUGAUCAUUUUAGAUAUUUUUAAUUAAAACUACAAUUAUAUUGUCAUAAGUUUAAAUAUAAACUUUUUUUAAUAAGUUGUGCUUAAUUAAGUAUUAAGUUGAAUAUGGCCAGUUAUUUUGAUGAAUUAAAUGUUGAAGAGGAUGAAUUGCCUGCUUCCCGUAUCGAUCGUUUAACUCGUGAAACAUAUCAGAUGCUUAUUGACUAUGAUCCAUCACGUUAUGGUGAUAUUGUCAAUUCACAAAGCACACCUCCUGCUUCUCAAUCAGAAAUUGAAAAACUUAGAGCUCCAUCAAAUGAUGAAAUUCUUAAAGAACAAUGUAGAAUAUGUUUAUGCCAAUAUGAAACUUUCCAUAAAGCUCUUGUUAUGCCUUGUGAUCACAUAUUUCAUGAAACUUGUUUGAAAAAAUGGCUUGAAAAAAGCAACUUUUGUCCUUUAUGUAAAUUAGAAUUAAAAACUGAUGAUGAAAUGUAUGAAAAGUAUAAAGAAGAAAUGAAGAAGCAAAGAGAAAGAGAAAAUAAUAUUGCACAGCUUCAUGACUCUAUGUUUGGAUGAAGAUAUUUUUAGAUUUUAAUUCUUCAUUCAGUCAAUUGCUCUCCAAAUGUUCUAUUACAAUAGUUUUAAUAAUUAAUUGGUAUUUCUUAAUUCAUUACAUAAAAUUAAAUGAUCAUAACUUAUAUAAUAUGUUAAUAAUUUGUGAAUCUUAAUAUUUUUUAAAUAUUGUUACCUGUAAUUUUUUUGGUGUGAUUUUAUUAGA